GAGAGAGAAAAAGGGCCUUAACUUCACUGCCCACACUCGGCCCAGAACCCCAUAAAACAGAGCAGAGCAGCGAGGGAGGGUUGUAGCAAUUGCUGGUUCUUUCUUCUUCUUCUUCUUCUUCUUCUUCUUCUUCUUCUUCUGCUUCUGCGUCUGCUCAGAAGCUAUAAGGGAGAGGGUGCUUCGGCUAUUGUAGUAAGCUUUGACUGCUAUUUUCUGUUUUGAACAGAGAAAGCCAAACCCCGGGAGGAUCAUAUGAAGAUUACCGUUCAUGGGAAUAUGAGAAAUCAAAGCACUGUGCUACCACUCAUCCUCUCGAGUUGGUAGGUAGGUCUCUUGUGUGUGUGGUUGAGAAAGAAACCUUACUUGUAGCAGCGGGAGUGAGAAACAUACAUAGCCACCUGGGGAGUAUAGAGGGAGAGAGAGAGAAACAGAUAGAUACAACACUCAACUCAUAAACGAACGACGAGUAUUUGGUUUAGUUGCAGCCAUGGAUGGGUACGAAGCUACAAGAAUUGUUUUCUCGCGGAUCCAAAAUUUGGACCCCGAGAAUGCUUCCAAAAUCAUGGGUCUGCUUCUGAUUCAAGACCAUGGUGAGAAAGAGAUGAUUAGAUUAGCAUUUGGUCCUGAAGCUCUGGUUCACUCUGUGAUUGUUAAAGCUCGCAAAGACUUGGGAUUAUCCUUGUACGCUCCGUCUACUCCUUCAACUCCUCCUCCGUCUUCAUCACCAUCCUCUUUCCUUUCAAGGCAAAAUUCUACUUCUUCACGGCUAAGCAGCACCGGAGUCAACUUUCCUCCUCCUGCUCUUACAAUCCCAAACCCCUCUUCUUCUGCGCCUUGGGCUGAUAGUUUGAGGAGCCCGAACAACAGUUUGCUUGUUGGCUCUAAUUCUCCUCAUAUCAGCGUUCCUUCACCUUCUUCUUCCUUACCCUUUUAUGGUUCUGAUCCAAUUGACGAGUUUCAACUUCAGGACCAGCUUUCUUUCCUCAAUGAUGGGUCUCCUACCCUUGGCAGGAAAAACCCGGACUUGUUCUAUCCUCAACCUGACUUAUCACCAAGUCCUACCGGCGGCGACGCUACUGGUUUUCCCUCUUACGGGUGGGGCGGGUCAGUCCAUCGCCGGAGUUGCUCCGUUAAUGAAGCUUGUUUGGGGUCUGAGGAUCCGAAUUCUGGGUUGGGCUGGAAGCCUUGUCUUUACUUUGCUAGAGGUUACUGCAAAAACGGUACUAGCUGUCGGUUCCUUCAUGGAGGAGGAAUUGGAGAUUCUGAUGGUGUUUCAAUGGUUGGGUCUCCUAGCAAGAUUGAGAUGUUGGACCAGAGCAGCCAUGAGCUUCUCAGAUCUAAAAGUGCUCAACAGCAAAGAUUGCUCAUGGCUUCUUCUUUGCCUUACUCUCCAAAGGGCAUGAAUUUUCUACUGCAACAGCAGCAAACUGAUUCCCAGAGAGCUGCAGCUGCACUUAUGAUGAACGAGGAUUUGCACAAGUUUGGGCGAUCCAGGCUUGAAAGAAACGAUUUUUCUCUCAGUGGAGGUUGUGGAAUUGGGAACCCAGCUUCGAGGCAGAUCUACUUGACCUUUCCGGCGGAUAGUACUUUCAGAGAGGAAGAUGUUUCAAAUUACUUCAGCAUUUAUGGUCCUGUUCAAGAUGUGAGGAUUCCAUACCAGCAGAAGCGUAUGUUUGGAUUUGUGACCUUUGUUUAUCCAGAGACAGUGAAGCUCAUUCUAUCAAAGGGAAACCCCCACUUUGUUUGUGAUGCUCGCGUGCUAGUCAAGCCUUACAAGGAAAAAGGCAAAGUCCCGGACAAGUACAGGAAACAAGUUGAAAGGGGUGAUUUCUCACCUUGUGGUACUCCUACUGGGCUUGAUGCUAGAGAUCCAUUUGAUCUUCAACUUGGAGGGAGAAUGUACUAUAAUACCCAAGAUAUGCUGUGGAGGAGGAAGCUGGAGGAGCAAACUGACUUGCAGCAAGCUCUUGAGCUUCAAAGUAGGAGACUCAUGGGUCUACAAUUUCUUGACAUCAAGAAGCAGCACCAGAGGGCAUUCUCAACAGGAAGCCCAAUUCCUUCCCCUACUCAAUCUCCCAACAUGUUCAAUCAGAAUCUUGUUCUUCCUUCAUGUCAUGGUGGCAGCUCUGAAGCUUCUCUAGAGGAAAGUGUUUUGAGCUCUGCUCCUCCUAGCGCGGCACAGAUUUCUGCUGGUCAGCAGCCACCAAUGGAGCCGAAGGUCAAUGUUUCUGUUGGCAAAGUUAUACCCAAUGGCGAGAAUGGAGGGGGCAGUGGCUGUGAUGGCAAUGGGAAUGGCAAGCAAAGCACUAGUCAUGAAGACUGUAAUUUUCAAGAAUGGUUCCUGAAUAAAUGCAGUUUGGAGCAUAACCUCCCAGAUAGCCCUUUUGCUUCUCCAACAAAAGCUGCUGGAGACUACGUGGCUGCCUUCUCCAACGGAGGACCUAACGAGGCCCUUGAUUCCGAUAGCUCAGCUGCAUCUACCAACUCUGAAUUCGGUACUACAAGUGCAUUUCCUCCAGCAACAUCUUCUCUUGACAUGGGAUCUUUCAAGUCCUUUAACUGUCAAAUUCCAAGGUUUUCUUCCAGCCACGGAAACAUUGAAAUGUUUGCCGGCAAGGGUGGACCCAUCGCCAUUUAGCAUCCUGAGCUUCGGGAAGAGAGAAGUAAUGGACCAAAGAAGACCAGGAACAGCAAACAAAUCUGUAGAGAAUCACCACCACCAAGCCCAUCAACAUCAUCAUCAAUACUAUACUCCUUACUACCAUACAAAAUGCAUACGUAAAAAGCAGUUUAGUAAAGGAAGUGGGGCAGCCAUUCCUUUUUCUUUUAUUGUCAUUAUUGUACCAUUGUCCAUCUUUCUCGUCUCUCAUUUUGUGUAGUAGCUGAAAGUGAAUGAACCACAGGUUAAAGAAAAAAAAUAACGUAGAAAGAAUCUGAGUCUAUUGGUAUUAGGAAGAACUAAAGUCCCUGGUACUGUAAUUUCUUCUUCCCCUUCCCCUUUAAUUGCUAGGGUUGAAUGUAUUGAAGUCUUCAGUCCUGCGAUGUUUUAGAGCUUAGAGGUAUAAUUUGAGUCCUUGGAUUUGCUGGAGCACAAGCAGAUAAAACAUGAAGAAGUGAAAACAAGUAGAAGCUGAGUUGUAACUACCGGGGCUGAUUCAAUCAAUCAAAUUCCAUUAUGGACAAUUUGACUUUGGAGGCCAGAAGGGAAAAAGGGAGGGGAUGAUUGUUAUUCCUAGCUGGCUGAAGUUUCAAAGUGGAGAUUUCAGACGUCAACCUCUGUUGUGUUGUAGUUUGUCUGUAAUUCCUACUUAGUUUAUAAUAUACACAGUCAACAAAGCCCUUUAGAGAUUACCUGAAAGCAAAGACUAAAGAGAAAGGUUUAGAAGAAAAAUCACAAUGCAAAAAAAGAGAGUAGAGAUUUCUAGACAGAAUGGUCUGUGUCCUUGCCUACCCUUCUCUUUUGUUAUUAUUUAUAGAUGAAUUCUUGUCUCUUUGUUGCUGCAAUUAAACUUUCAUUUUCAAAA